GGCGUGGCUUAGGGUAAGCUCCUCCCUCUCUCUCCUCAGAGGAGCAAUAUGCCGAGAUGGUGAAGAGGAAGCAAACUCGGGCAAAGACACCUUAUCGAAAAUUUGACUCAGGCGGCGUGGAGUGUGCUAGGCCGCAAUGGUUGCUUAGCAAAGAGAGGGUGUGACAACUAAGAAAUCGAGGCCAGGCGGCUUUUCCCGGAGUAGGCCGCUUAGUAAGACAGACGGGGUGAUAAGCAGAGAACUUGGAAAUCGAGGCCGGGCGGAGUAGGCCGCAAAGAGAGGAGAGGCCUGCAGGAUGAAGCUGUUGCGGAAGGACAUGGAGAAGGACAACGCGGGGCAGGUGACGCUGGUGCCGGAGGAGGCCGAGGACAUGUGGCAUGCCUACAACCUGAUCCAGGCGGGCGACAGCCUCCGGGCGGCCACCAUCCGGAAGGUGCAGACGGAGACGUCGACGGGCAGCGUGGGCAGCAGCCGCGUCCGCACCACGCUCACCCUCUGCGUGGAGACCACCGACUUCGACUCGCAGGCCUGCCAGCUGCGCGUCAAGGGCACCAACAUCCAGGAGAACGAGUUCGUCAAGAUGGGCGCCUACCACACCAUCGAGCUGGAGCCCAACCGCCAGUUCACGCUGGCCAAGAAGCAGUGGGACUCGGUGGCGCUGGAGCGCGUGGAGCAGGCCUGCGACCCGGCCUGGGGCGCCGACCUGGCCGCCGUGGUCAUGCAGGAGGGCCUGGCCCACGUCUGCCUCGUCACGCCCAGCAUGACGCUCCCCCGCGCCAAGGUGGAGGUCAGCAUCCCGCGGAAGCGGAGGGGCAGCUGCGCCCAGCACGACCGCGCCCUCGAGCGCUUCUACGAGCAGGUGGCCCAGGCCAUCCAGCGCCACGUCAACUUCGACGUGGUCAAGUGCGUCCUCGUCGCCAGCCCGGGCUUCGUCCGAGAGCAGUUCUGCGACUACAUGUUCCAGCAGGCCGUCAAGACCGACAACAAGGUCCUCCUCGAGAACCGCCCCAAGUUCCUGCAGGUACACUCUUCCUCUGGACAUAAAUAUGCAUUGAAAGAAGCUCUGUGUGACCCUGCUGUGACAAGUAGACUUGCUGAUACUAAAGCAGCUGGUGAAGUGAAGGCCUUAGAUGAUUUCUACAAGAUGUUACAACAUGAGCCAGACCGAGCGUUUUAUGGUCUUAAGCAUGUGGAGGCGGCCAAUGAAGCCAUGGCUAUUGAUACAUUGUUGAUCAGUGAUGAACUUUUUAGGCAUCAAGAUGUGGCAACUCGGGGUCGGUAUGUUCGACUAGUAGAUAGUGUGCGGGACAACAUGGGCACUGUUCGCAUUUUUUCUAGUCUUCACGUGUCUGGAGAACAGCUUGGACAGUUGACAGGUGUGGCUGCUAUUCUACGUUUUCCUGUUGCAGAGCUUUCUGAUCAAGAGGAGGAAUCUAGUUCUGAUGAAGAUUGAUGAUGGUGAUUUCUUUGUAUCAUACCACAGAAUGAAACUACUGAAGUGGCGAAAAGGAGAGACUGUUUCUCCCAGUUAUUAUACACUUCAGUACUAUGCCUUACUGAAAUGAACUUGAAAGUGCUUUUUUAAAAAUGACUGCUGAGGUGAGCCUCUAGCUUCCCGUUUAUUUAAAUGCAGUUUUCUUUCUGUGGUUCUUGGGGGUAAUGAUUGUUCUAGCAAAAACGAACUGGAAUAACUGAUUGAAUAACACUUUCCAUAUCUGUGAAACAUGUACAAAAACAAUAAAGUGGCACCAAGAAAGAA